CAGAUUAUAAUAGGGUUAAUUGACAACGAACUAAAGGAAGACCUACUCAGUGUAACGGAUUUGACCUUGGAGAAAUGCAUAAAUAUGAGCAGAGCAGCUGAAACUACAAAAGCUCAAAUGGAAACCAUCAAGAACAAAAAUGAAGUAGCAAGAGUAGAAGUGGGAGCGGGACAAAGAAGAACCAUGAAAAAGGAGCACUCCAGUGAUAAAAGGCAGCCCUCCAGGAGCAGAACCAGAGACCAGUCGUAUAUCAGACAGCAGGGUCAAGCGUACAAUAGAGACCAGUCCUAUAGCAGACAGCAGGGUCAAGCCUACACCAGAGACCAGUCGUGUGGCAGACAGCAGAAUCAAACAAACACCAGACGAUCUUGUGGCAAGUGUGGCAGACAACACGGAUAUGCGAAGUGCCCAGCAUUCAACAAGAAGUGUGUGAAGUGCGGCAAAUACAAUCACUUUGCGGCUAUGUGCCUAAAUAAAAUGUGUGGCUCUGUCUAGGUGAACUUCCAUAUGAAUAUAAAAUAAAAUUACAAGACAAUAAUGUACCAAUUGCUGAGCGACCCCGGAAAAUACCAUUUCAAUUAGAAGAAAAAGUUAAAACUGAGCUGG